AUGCUGCUAUCUCCUGCAGCUGACCGGAAUCAGGAUGAUAUACUGUCAGUACUGUCGGAGAUUCUGGAGGACCAGUCCCACAAAGAGUUGUUUGGUCUGGAGCUGGGGUCUGGCACUGGGCAGCAUGUUGUGCACUUUGCCCAGGAACUGACGUAUGUCACCUGGCUUCCAUCAGACAUCAAAGAGGAGUCUCGGGCAAGUAUCCGUGCUUACAUUGGGGCGACGAAAGUGAAGCGAGUUCUAGAACCUGUACACCUGGAUGCCAGUGAGCCCUGGGACAAGUGGGCCGGCCUUCCUCGCAACUCCUGUGAUGUCAUCGUAGCCAUCAACCUCUUCCAUGUCAGCUCUUUCAAAACAGCCGAGGGUGUGUUUCAAGGAGCUGGUGAGCUUCUGAAAAAGAAUGGCUGUGUAUUGACAUAUGGGCCUUAUGCAAUGAACGGGAUCAUCAUACCUCCAUCGAAUGAGGAACUGGAUAGAACUCUGCGUGAGAAAAACCCUGAAUGGGGCCUUCCUGACAUUGAUGUUCUGAGACAGAUUGCCUUUACCAAUGGAAUGCGCAUGGAACGAAUGGUUGACAUGCCAGAGAGCAACAAAUGCUUGGUCUUCAGGAAGAUCUGAAAGGCCAAACCAAACUGACAUGUGUUAAUGAUAAACUGCAUGAUGCUCUGAAGAACUGUGACCUUGCACAGUCAACAUUUUGUUGUGAUUUUUGUACUUAACGCAGUAA